CUUCACAUCCAUCUCCUCUCCUAAUUAAAUUAAUCAACUGGCCAUGGAAGUUAGUUUGCCAUGCGUAUUUCUCUCUCUUUUCUUUCUUAUUAUUGCUUUCAAGUUCUUGUCACGAGCAACAACUCAAAAGAAUCUCCCUCCAAGCCCACCGGCUCUUCCCGUCAUCGGUCACCUCCACCUCCUCAAACAACCUCUCCAUCGAACUCUCGACGGACUCUACCAAAACCUCGGGCCGGUCUUCUCCCUCCGGUUCGGGUCACGCCUCGUGGUGGUGGUGUCAUCGCCGUCCGCAGUGGAGGAAUGCUUCACCAAGAACGACGUCGUCUUAGCCAACCGCCCUCGUCUCACCAUCGGCAAGUACUUCGGCUAUAAUUACACCACCGUCGGAGCGUCCAAUUACGGCGACCACUGGCGCAACCUCCGCCGCCUCAUGGCGGUGGAAAUCUUCUCCACCAGCCGCCUCAACAGCUUCUUAUCGAUUAGGCGAGACGAAAUCAAGCUUUUACUCCGUAAAUUGUAUCGACACUCGUCUCAUGAUUUCGCCAGAGUGGAAUUGAAAUCCAAAUUUUCUGAACUGACCUUUAAUAUCAUCAUGAGAAUGAUCGCCGGAAAGAGGUAUUACGGAGACGACGACUUGUCGAACAACGAGGAGGCGCAGGAGUUCCGAGAGAUCGUGAGACAGGCAUUCGAGUAUGGUGGUGCAUCGUACCCAGGGGAUUUCUUACCGAUUUUAAAGUGGAUUGAUUACCAGAGUUUUGAGAAGAAUUUGAGGAGACUUCAUAAGAAAAUGGACGACUUCCUGCAAGGUCUGAUCGAUGAGCACAGGCGUGACAAGAGUAAGAACACCAUGAUCGAUCAUUUGCUUUCCUUGCAAGAAUCACAGCCAGAAUAUUAUACAGAUGAAAUUAUCAGAGGACUAAUCCAGAUCAUGAUACUAGCGGGUACAGAUACAUCAUCAGUGACAAUAGAAUGGGCAAUGUCCCUUCUAGUCAACCACCCAGAGGUAUUGAAGAAGGCAAGAGCCGAGAUAGACGCUCAUGUAGGCCAAGAUCGCUUGAUUGAUGAACCUGAUAUCUCAAAGCUACAUUACCUUCAAGCUAUCAUCUCUGAGACUUUCCGAUUGUUUCCAACAGCACCAUUAUUGUUACCACAUGCAUCAUCAGAUGAUUGCACUAUAGGUGGAUUCAAUGUGCCACGUGGCACAAUAUUGUUGGUUAAUGCUUGGGCCAUUCACCGAGAUGCUAAGGUUUGGAAUGAUCCUACAAGCUUUAAGCCUGAGAGGUUUGCAAGUGGGGAAGUAGAAGGACACAAGUUGAUGCCAUUUGGGAUGGGAAGGAGGGCCUGCCCCGGUGCUAGUCUAGCACAACGUGUUGUGGGUUUGGCUUUGGGGUCAUUAAUUCAGUGCUUUGAAUGGGAGAGGGUCACUGAGAAGGUAGUUGAUCUAACGGAAGGGAUAGGGCUUACUAUGUUCAAAGUUGAGUCGUUGGAAGCCAUGUGCAAAGCGCGUGACAUAAUCAUGAGCAACGUUCUCUCUUAAGCCGCAAACAGUGCUUCAGCAUUUUUGUGAAAAUUAUGUCCAUAUGUUCUCAUGUGUCAUGGUACCUUACUUGGUACAUUGUACUAUUUUUUAUUUUGUUUUGUUUUUUUAUUUAUGAUGUUUGUGGCUUAUAUAAGUUCAAAUAUAUAUUGCACGUGAGAUUGAUUUUUCAUAUAA